UUGACAUUCCAGUUGAUCAGUGCCAGCCGAUCGGUCGGUAGAAAGAAGUGCGUCGCGAGCCAAAAAAAGGAAAAUCGAACCCGCAGAAAGUGCCAGUGAAUAGACUGAUAAACGAACCAAAAUGAAAGCUUUCAUUAUCGCCGGAGUGUGCGUGUUGAGCGUGCUGAGCCUGGGAUCCGCUCAGUUCCAGAACGGACGUCUGGAGCCGCCAAAUCCGCAGCUCUGUGCCCAGCGCGUCAUUCACGAGAGGACUCCCGACGGCAAGGGCUACUUCUUCUCGUGGCGUGACCCUCAGCUGAAGGGCGUGGAGGAGGAUUGGCUGACCGCCAGGAACUACUGCCGCAGGCGCUGCAUGGACUCCGUUUCUCUGGAGACCAGCUUGGAGAACGAGUGGAUCAAGCAGAAUGUGGUGCGCGAGAAUGUGAAAUACAUCUGGACUAGCGGCCGCUUGUGCGACUUCAAGGGCUGUGACCGCCCCGAUCUGCAGCCCACGAACAUCAACGGAUGGUUCUGGACCGCCACCCUGCAGAAACUGGCCCCGACCACUGAGAGGAACCAGGGCGAUUGGUCGCCCACCGGCGGAAUUGGCCUGCCCCAGCCGGACAACCGCGAGUUCAAGCAGAAUGGAGCGCCGGAAAACUGCCUGGCCCUGCUGAACCAGUUCUACAACGAUGGCGUGAACUGGCACGAUGUGGCCUGCCACCACAAGAAGAGCUUCGUCUGCGAGGAGAACGAUGCCCUGCUGAAGUAUGUGCGCUACACGAACCCCAAUCUGCGCAUCUAAGAGGACUAGGAUCCGGAUCCGAAUGCGGGCUGGCGGUAGAACCAGCGACUCUCCAAGUAAAACCAAAAAUGAUAUUCCCCAAAUCGGCAGUGGGAUACAUACAUAUCUACUCUCCGAUUGUCUUUGAAUGCAAAGUUUUCUGGCCAA